UCUGCGAGUUUUUUGUCCUACCAUUGUCCAAACCCUCCUCUCUAGCUCUCUCUCCUGCUAUAUCUACUUGAACUAGCUAGCAUUCAGUUCUACUUAUAUAGAGUUCAGUGGAUAGUGUAUUAAACAAGGUUUCUGAGUUAAACCAUGCAUAACUCGGAGAUAACUGUACAAGUACCCGAGAGUCCAGUAUCAAAUUCAGAACCAACAAAAGGAAAAUCUGUCAUGAAAGAUGUAGACGAAACAAGUCGAAAAUGGCCAACAACAGAGGAAAUUCUUGAUCCUAAGCCAGUCCUUGAAAAGUGGAAUACCAUGUUUGUAAUAUCAUGUCUCUUUGCUGUGUUACUGGAUCCUUUGUUUCUCUACAUUCCUCUAAUCAACCAAGAGAUGAAGUGCAUUGCACUAGACAAAAACUUGAAGAUAGCAGCUGUGGUUUUACGAUCGAUCACGGAUCUCGUUUAUAUAGUGAAAAUCAUUUUUCAAAUAUAUAAACUCGAGAAAGUAACAGUUAUGGCUAUAUGGAGGUCAUACAUCCUAAUUGACAUUUUAGCUAUUGUCCCUAUUCCACAGGUAGUAAUCCUAAUUUACUUUACAAAAAUGAGUGGCUCGAGAUCAAUGAAUACUAGGAAGUUCUUGAACUUUCUUGUUCUAUUUCAAUAUGUUCCACGAGUCAUUCGCAUUUAUCUCGCAUGUAAGGAAUCCGAAAAUUCUCCUAAAGGAAGGUUUGGAUUAUGGAUUACAGGUGGACUCAAUUUUCUUAUGUACAUCUUUGUCAGUCAUAUUCUUGGAGGCUUGUGGUACUUUUUUUCUGUUCAGCGAAUGAUAGGUUGCUGGGAAUAUGCCUGUCGAAAUGAAGAUGGAUGUAAAACUAGUACUUUUAACUGUCAUGAUCAUCGUACCAAUGGAAAUAUCAAAUUGCUAAAUGAUUCAUGCCCCAUAAAUCCAUCAAAUGCAAAGAUCUUUGACUUUGGCAUAUUUCUCGAUGCUCUUCAAUCCGAUUUAAUUGGAUCAACAGAUUAUUCACAAAAGUUAUCAAAUUGUUUUUGGUGGAGUCUACGAAAUUUGAGUUCUCUUGGUUCAAACCUCCAACCCAGUAUUAAUACAUGGGAAAACCUGUUUGCGGCUUUUACUUCAAUUACUGGCUUGCUACUAUUUCUUUAUCUCAUUGGAAAUGUACAGAUGAUUAUGCAGUUGGAAACAGCAACGAGAUGGAAGGGGGAAGUUAAAGAGAUGAUGACAAUAGAACGGAAGACGAAAAUUGAACGAAAGCAGGGUCCAGUGGUAGGCCGAUGGCUGACUAAAAAUGGUCUUCCUAUGCAUUUUAAAUCCAAGAUCAUGAAAACUCUAGUACAAGUGAUACUUGACCAAAACAGGGAUGUUGAUGAGGAUGAUAUCCACUCUAUUCUGUCCGCAAGAUUUCAAACGGACAUGAAAAGAUAUAAGGAGAAGAUGGAAGAGAUUGACACGUGGUUAUCCGAAAAUGCUCUCCCUAUGCGUUUUAAGUCGGAGAUCAUGGAAAAAAUUGUGCCUGAACUUGAAGAAAAUAUGGAUGUUGAUGUGAAGAAUAUCCUCUCUAUUCUUCCCCUGAAACUUCAAAGGGAUAUCAGUGUUUAUAAGAAGAACCUGGAACAUGCAAGUCGCAAGAUAGAGUUGUGGUUAUCCGUAAAUUACCUCCCUAUGCGUCUUAAGUCGGAGAUCAUGGAAAAAGUUGUGCAACCUGCACUUGAAGAAAAUAAGGAUGUUGAUGUGAAGAAUAUCUUCUCUAUUCUUCCCCUGAAACUUCAAUGGGAUAUCUGGGUUUAUAAAAAGAAGCUGGAACAUGCAAGUCGCGAGAUAGAGUUGUGGUUAUCCGAAAAUGCUCUCCCUAUGCGUUUCAAGUCGGAGAUCAUGGAAAAAGUUGUGCAACCUGAACUUGAAGAAAAUAGGGAUGUUGAUAUGAAGAAUAUCCUCUCUAUUCUUUCCCCGAAAAUUCGAAGCGAUAUCUGGGUUUAUAAGCAGAACCUGGAACAGGAAAGUCGCAAGAUAGAGUUGUGGUUAUCCGAAAAUUACCUCCCUAUGCGUUUCAAGUCGGAGAUCAUGGAAAAAGUUGUGCAACCUGAACUUGAAGAAAACAGGGUUGUAGAUGUGAAUAAGCUUCUCACUAUGCUUCCCUCUCAACUUGGAUUUUAUAUCGAAAGUUGGAUGCAGAAGAUGCGGGAGAAAGAAGAAGAGAUAAAUAUGUGGUUGUCUAAAAAUGGCUUGCCUGAGAAUUUAAAGCCAGACAUCAUGAAGACGGUUCAGGUAAAUUUUGAAGAAAACAAGGAUGUUGAUGUGGAGAAUAUCCUCUCUAUUCUUCCCGUGUCACUUCAAGAGCGUAUCAGAGGAGUUAAAAAAUUUGACCGGAAGGUACAUUUGUGGCUGAGUGAAAAUGGCUUGCCUGAGAAUUUAAAGUCAGACAUCAUGAAGGCGGUUAAUUUUGAAGAAAACAAGGAUGUUGAUGUGAAGAAUAUCCUCUCUAUUCUUCCCGUGCCACUUCAAGUGCGUAUCAGAGUUACAAAAUUUGACCAGAAGGUAGAUCUGUGGCUGAUUAAAAAUGGCAUCCCUACAACAGAGAAGUCAUAUAUCAUGAAGGAGUUUCGAGUAGAACUUGAAAAAGAUGGGGAUGUUGAUAUGGAGAAUUUCCUCUCCAUUUAUCAAAGAAAACUCGAACAACAUAUGCCUUUAAAUAGGCUGAAGAAGGUGAAAUUACUGGAAAAAUUGGAUGAAAGAGUGUUGGAAGCAAUUUGUGAGCAUCUCAAGCCUGUGGAGUAUGAUAUGACCGUGCCUAUUAUUCGGGAGGGUCAACCACUUAAAAUGAUACUCUUCGUGCAAGGAUUUGUAUACACUAAUCCCAACAAAAAUAAGGGUUUCCAUGCCGAUGGUAAAAUAUGGGGAGAAGAACUUCUUGUUUGGCCAUCAUCGACCUCCUUUCCUGCUGUAUUACCCAAAGCAACUGAGUCUCUUUUCUCCAAUUUUGGAACUAGAUCCCUUGUCCUCACCGCCAGCGAUAUGGAGAAUAUAGGCUGUGAAUACAGGCCACAGUUUGAUCUACUUACCUCUCACUGGUUGACUAUGCUAAAGAAAGUGCCUAAGCUUGAACGUAUGGAUGAAGAAGUGCUUAAAGCUAUCUUUCUGCAUCUUAAGCAGAAUUCGAGUGCAGUAUAUCAUUGCAUAGAGAAUCGACCAUUUCAAUCCAUGAAUUUCAUCACUGAGGGAUAUAUAAAAUUCACAAGAGAUACUGAUUGCCGUUUUGAACUUAUCCGUAGUCAUGGAGAAGUUUUUGGAGAAGAACUCCUAGAUUGGGUGUUAGAUCCGUUAUUUCCUGCCUUAACCCCCUUGUCCACUUACACUGCCUAUACUAACAGGGAAGCUGUUGUGCUGUCUAUCACUGCGGAGGAAUUGAAGAGUGUAGCUUCUGAAUUCGAAUCGUACUUCAGCACAUUCCGAAAGGAAUCUCAGCCAGAUCUUUUGACUUUUGUUGGGAUGACUCUGUUAAAAGAAGUGCCAAAACUUAAGACCAUGGACGAAGAAGUUUUGAAAGCAAUUUCUCAGCAUCUUAAGAUCCAGCAGUAUGGUAAAUAUGAGAAAAUCAUUGACCAAGGAAAACCACUUGACAGGAUGUUGUUCCUUCUGAGGGGAGAACUUCUCUAUUAUGGUCCUACUUCCAGAGCGCAAAAUGUAGGACUAUUCUUUGGAGAAAAACUAAUAGAUUGGCUACCAAGGUGUUCUGAUGCUACCAUACCCUUGUCAGAAUAUAGUGUCACAACACCAUUCGACAGUGAAAAGGCUCUCGUGCUCAUUCUCAUGGCCAACGAUUUGAAGAGAGUAGUGUCUGAAUUCAAGUCGCGUUUCAGCUAGCCAGACGAUCACCUUGCUGCCUACUAUUCUCAGCGUCUUGCCGGCCCUUUCAUUUUUCUUUCUUUCCCACUUAACAUCCUCCUUCCAGUUUUCAAUUUGCGCUCAGAAAGGAGGCCAACUACGACACUCACAAGAUCUCCUGUAGCAACGGUGAACAUGAGCAGUUCUCAGUACAUGUAAUUAAUUUGCAGAAUCAACUUAUCCUUUUCAUGCUAAUUGAUCUUCGUUUAUUUGUAUGGAAUGGAUUCAAUGAAAGGGAAA